UUCAAAUGACAGGUCUAUUGUGUUCAUCCAAUAGCAGCCCGGGAAGGGAAGAUUGUCCCGUGCGCUGCGCCGUAGAGUUGUGUGAUUUGGAGACUGUCCAAAGGGGCAGCGGACGGAGAUCGCUACGGAGACUGAGACACAGAUGACUGACUCCUGACCGUCAUGGAGAAUCACGUGUUUGGUUCUGUAGAAGAGAGGACGUUCCAGUACCAGGACUCGCUGCCUCCUCUCCCGGUUCCUUCUCUCGAGGAGUCUUUGGCCAAGUACUGUGAAUCAGUAAGGCCCUUUCUGAAUGAAGAAGAGUACGAGAAGACUUGUAGCAUCGUGAGAGACUUUGGAAAUGGGAUCGGCAGAGAACUUCACCAGAAGCUAUUGGAGAGGGGAAAAACCAGGAAAAACUGGCUAGAGGAAUGGUGGCUGAACGCAGCAUAUCUGGAUGUACGGAUGCCGUCUCAGCUCAAUGUCAACUUUGGCGGCCCUGCCUCUUACCUGGAGCACUACUGGCCCCCUAGAAUGGGCACCCAACUUGAGAGAGGGAGCAUAGCGACGUGGUACACGCUGAAAUACUGGGAUCUCAUCAGAAGGGAGAAGCUGGCUGUUCACAAAGCUAAGAAUUCACCCCUGGAUAUGUCCCAGUUCAGAAAUUUGUUUAACACUUGCAAAAUCCCGGGUGUGACCAGAGAUAAGAUUUGCAACUACUUUAUAACUGAGUCAGAAGGCCGCUGUCCCACCCACCUGAUCGCCAUGUGCCGGGGAAGGAUCUUCACCUUUGAAGCUGUUCACAACGACCAGAUUAUCUCUCCUCCAGAAAUAUUAAGGCAGCUUUCCUACAUCCAGAACGUUUGCCAAAGUGGCCCGGAUGGCCUGGGUCUGUCUGCACUAACCACAGAGGAGAGGACGCGCUGGGCUCUGACUCGUGAACACCUCAUAAGCCUCGACCCAAAGAAUUUAUCCCAUCUGGAGCGGAUUCAGAGCAGUUUGUUUGUUGUGUCGAUUGAUGAAGAUUGUCCCCAGGGAUCGCCUGAAGAUUACAGCCAGAUUACAAACGCGGCCUUGGCCGGAGACCCCACUAUACGCUGGGGGGACAAAUCCUACAACUUCCUCUUAUUUCGCAAUGGCGUUUUUGGCUCCAAUUGUGACCAUGCGCCCUAUGACGCCAUGGUACUCGUAGCAUUAUGCGACUACAUUGAUCAGAACAUCCAAGCCUGUGAGGGGCGCUGGAAGGGGUCGUCCUUUGUUCGGGAGCUUCCAGAUCCUGAAGAGCUGGUCUUCACUGUGGAUCAGAAAAUAAUAAAUGAUAUCGAAUUGGCCAAAGCUCAGUAUCACACUCAGGCUUCUGACUUACAGCUGGCCAAUUACGCCUUUACGUCUUUUGGGAAGUCGCUUGUGAAGAAGAAGAAGCUUCACCCGGACACGUUCGUCCAGCUUUCCCUCCAGUUGGCAUUUUACAAACUUCAUGGACGCCCUGGUUGCUGUUAUGAAACCGCUACGACUAGAAUGUUCUAUCACGGUCGCACAGAAACCAUGAGGCCUUGCACAAUGGAGGCUGUGAACUGGUGCCGGUCCAUGCUGGAUCCUGCUUCCACUAAAGCCCAACGCCAAGAACUGAUGCUCAAGGCUUUUGCGAAGCAUAACAAACUGAUGAAUGAAUGCCAACAUGGCAAAGGAUUUGAUCGGCAUCUGUUGGGUCUUCUCCUCAUUGCAAAAGAGCAAGAACUUCCUGUACCAGAACUGUACAGCGAUAUGGCAUUCACAAAGAGUGGGGGCGGCGGGAACUUUGUCCUUUCCACGAGUCUUGUCGGCUACACACCGGUCCAUGGAGCUGUGGUUCCCAUGAUACACGAUGGAUAUGGCUUCUUCUACCGAAUCCGAGAUGAUAGGUUUGUUGUAGCCUGCACUGCUUGGAAGUCCAGUCCUGAGACCGAUGCCGAGAAGCUGUGCCGGACCGUGUUCCAAAACUUCAGCGACAUGCUCGAGCUGAUGGUUAGCGCUCAGCUGUAGUCGGUGAUGGCCUCCCGCCUGUGCGUCUGUUCCUUUACAUCAUCACUUCUAGUCCUUAGCACAAUGUUUACAAAUCCUCACAGAGCAAUAGUCGUAUAUCUGGAUCCGCCACCGCGCUACAGACAGAGCCGGCCACAUUGUCCUCCACAAUCAUCAAGGCAAUUUAAAGGGGAGCUCCACUUGGACUGACCUCUUUUCAUACAGCAGUUGUCUUCCGCAAUGCCAGCCUGUUUGGCGUCUACUUAUGCAACUGCCUCAAGUGUCCUAUGAUACCAUGGUGCCUUUCUUAUCCUUUAUCCAAAGAAAUAUAAAGUGCGCAUUGGUGAAGCCAAUCCCAACGUUCGUAUCACUGGGUGGGAGAUUUAUCAAAACUGGUGCAAUGGAAAAGGUUACUUUUGGUCCACGGCUCCAUCUUUCUUUUGCACCAGCGUUGAUAAAUCACCCCUGGGUCUUAUAAUUGGGUCACCUGGCUUUUCCAUAGCAUUGAUGAUGCUUGUUGAAUGUACAGCACAUUUCUUAGAGGGCCUGUCGCCUCCCCUGACACAUCUGUAGUCCCCAUUAAAAUAACAAUUAAAGGGUUACUCCAGUGUCCAGAACAUUUACGGGUAUUUGCUCGGUACGGGCUACGGCGCUCGUGACGUCACACCACACCCCCUCAAUGCAAGUGACGCCACGCCCCCUCCCAUAGACUUGCAUUGAGGGGGGGGUGACAUCACAAGGGGGCGUGGCCAUGAUGUCACGACCCCCCCCCCCGCACCCAAGAGUUCUGAAUAAACGUUCCGGACGCUAGGGUAGUGGAGUACCCCUUUUUAAGGAGAGUUUUUAAAGCCCAACAUUGUGUUAUUCCUCCCUGAAAUGUGAGUGUGUCUAAUUGGGGGGGUUAUGUCCCUACACAGCCUGACAUUGUACGAUCAGAGCUGACUUUCCCCUUCGACCAUGAGGAAUAAAGUACAACACACAAUUUAAAGAAAGGAUGUCAGGGAAUUCUUUUAUAGGCAAUAGGAUUGCCUCGAUACCAUUUUUUUAAAAAUGGAGUACUCCCUAACACCGAUUACCCCCAAUAGGUCGGUAGGGAAUCCGCCUCAAUAGGUAGAAUCCCUCAGUAGGUAAGGAAAAAACCCUAUAAGGUACAAUCCCCCAGAAGAUAGUUGGGUAGGGAAUCCCCCUAUUAGGGAGUAGCCCCCAGAAGAUAGAAAGGUAAUACCCCCAUUGGGUAGAAGAUCCUAGUAGAUAGAUAGGAAGUUAAUACCCCUAUAAGGUAGAAGCCACCAGUAGGCAACGAAUUCCCCCUAUUGGGGAGAAGCCUCCAGUAGAUAAGGAAUUCCCCCUAUUGGGGAGAAGCCCCCAGUAGAUAAGGAAUUCCACCUAUUGGGGAGAAGCCCCCAGUAGAUAAGGAAUUCCACCUAUUGGGGAGAAGCCCCCGAUAGAUAAGGAAUUCCACCUAUUGGGGAGAAGCCCCCAGUAGAUAUGGAAUUCCACCUAUUGGGGAAAAGCCUCCAGUAGAUAAGGAAUUCCACCUAUUGGGGAGAAGCCCCCGAUAGAUAAGGAAUUCCACCUAUUGGGGAGAAGCCCCCGGUAGAUAUGGAAUUCCACCUAUUGGGGAGAAGCCCCCGGUAGAUAUGGAAUUCCACCUAUUGGGGAGAAGCCCCCAGUAGAUAAGGAAUUCCACCUAUUGGGGAGAAGCCCCCGGUAGAUAUGGAAUUCCACCUAUUUGGGAGAAGACCCCGGUAGAUAAGGAAUUCCCCCUAUUGGGGAGAAGCCUCCAGUAGAUAAGGAAUUCCACCUAUUGGGGAGAAGCCUCCAGUAGAUAAGGAAUUCCACCUAUUGGGGAGAAGCCCCCGGUAGAUAAGGAAUUCCACCUAUGGGGGAGAAGCCCCAGUAGGUAGGGAACCCUCCCAAUUAGGUAGAAGACCCCAGUAGUUAGGUAGGAAACCUCCUAUUAGGUAGAUGCUCCCAUUUAGUAGUUUACCUCCAAAAGAAAAUAAAAAAAAAUCCCAGUCACUUUUCCUCUGCUCCCGCGCUGAGGCCUUUGCAUCCUCUGCUCCGUUAGUGGUCCAGGACAUUCUCCUUCUAGCAGGUCCUGCACCACUCCAGAUAACAUGAGGAACGAUGAAGAGGCCUCCGUGUGGAAGCAGAGUGAAAGUGAGAGGGAAUUUUCAUUUGUAGGAGACUUUUUUUGGGGGGGGGAAAACUACGUCUGUCUCUGCCAAAUGAUCACAUGGCGUCCACUUGAUCUGCAGGUUUCGGGGACAUUUGUAUAAGUACGCGUGCAAAUGUCUGUUAUCGGUGCCGAUACAAGUAUCUGUAUCAGGUCAUCCUUUAAGGGGUACUCCACUAGAAAAAAAAACAUUUUUUAAAUCAACUGGUGGCAAAAAGUUAAACAGAUCUGUAAAUGACUUCU